CAAAACAAACCUGUCAAAUAGCACACGAUUAUUUUUCAAUCCGGUAAAACAUAUGACACACUUUCCUUUAUGCCAUAGCUGAAAAAUUAUGCACCGUGACCUCCAGUGACCUUAUCGGUACCAAUAGAUAUACUUAUGUUUUUAAUAAAUGCCCGACGCGUAUUAAAGAAGAUGGAAUUUGGAUUUGGAGAUUUCCUGUACCCCAACAUUGGGGGGCUGAGACAAUAUUUUGAACAUUCUCCGACUUUAGGUCCAUCAUCAGGAUUCCACCAAAUGGCUCGUAUGAUGGAUCGAAUGAUGGCAGAGAGUCUUCAACCCUUCGGUUUUGCGAGGAUGACCACUCGAAGGAACGGAGACAAUAGAAAUAGUCAGGAUCCCCCUCGAGAUGGUCUCCGGACGGAGAGGGGCGAAGUGAGACGGGAGAGAACGAAGCCUACCCAGCCUGAUACUCAUGCUGCUAAUGGUACUCGGCAUCCACCUACACAAGUGGUCAGACCAACUCAAGCAAACUCAUUUCAAGAACAAACUGUAGACCAGGUGAAGCAGACAGAUCCAACAACUGAAAAAUGGGCGGGUACAUUACGUAGAAGAGAUCCGGACAUCCAACCAACAUUGCCUUCAAUUGUUGCCCGGAAGACUUCUUCCACAACUUCAUCUGUUGGAAGUGGCAGAAAAUGCAGAUCAGUCGAAAGAAUGCCAAGAUCCAGGGGAAGACAGCUAGUGCCCAUCAAACCUACUAUGCGAAAAGAUAUUCCCGGUGAAGGCAUCGAUAUAACGAUACCGGAAAAAGAUGAAAAAGUCUUUGACACCGCUGGAUAUGAAUUACAUCUUGUCGAAACUCUAGAAAGAGAUAUAUUACAGAAGAAUCCAGACGUUCGUUGGAAGGAUGUAAUAGGUUUGGACGAUGCAAAGUCAGUUCUACAAGAAGCAAUGGUUUUGCCUCUUGUUAUGCCUGAUUAUUUUAAGGGCAUCCGAAGACCUUGGAAGGGUGUACUGCUAACAGGUCCUCCGGGAACAGGGAAGACAUUGUUAGCACGUGCAGUAGCGACCGAAUGCAGAACCACGUUUUUUAACGUGUCAUCUGCAACACUAACGUCCAAGUAUAGAGGCGAUUCCGAAAAGCUCGUCAGAUUGUUAUUUGACAUGGCAUCCUUCUAUGCGCCAAGUACAAUAUUUCUGGACGAAGUGGAUUCUCUAUGCGCGGUUCGAGGGGCCGACUCCGAGCAUGAAGCCUCGCGGAGGUUCAAGGCGGAACUACUGAUUCAAAUGGACGGCCUUGCUGCUGCUUUCAAUAGCGACAAGAUUAUAAUGGUACUGGCAGCAACAAAUCAUCCAUGGGAUAUAGACGAAGCAUUCAGAAGAAGAUUCGAAAAGAGAAUUUAUGUAGGACUUCCAGAUGAAUCAACACGCGUGAAAUUGCUCAAGUUAUGUCUUCGAGAGGUGCUAUUAUCAGAUGAUGUAGAUUUGUCAGAAUUGGCAGCCAGGCUCGACGGGUUCAGUGGUUCAGAUAUCUGCAAUUUAUGCAGAGAUGCAGCAAUGAUGACGAUGCGUCGCAAAAUAGCCGGCAAGAGUCCAGAGCAAAUUCGUAAGCUGAAACGUUCAGAGCUAGAAGCGCCUGUGACCAAGGAAGAUUUGGACGCAGCAGUCGGCAAGACCCGCCGCACCGUCACGCAAGCUGAUGUAGCACGCUACACCGGCUGGAUGCAGCGGCAUGGAUGCUCCUAGCGGCGAGCCAAAGCGCUUCGAGCGCUUCUCCGGAGACUGCGGAACUGAGGCUUGUCGGUACCAAGAUAAAAGAGUUAGACUUCCUAAACUAAAGAUGACUAAGUCCAUAAGUGUGCAGGCAAGAGUUUCGAAGACUUUUAAGACUGUAGCAACACAGACGGCGAAUGUUGAAAUGAAGUCACAUUGUGUUGGUACCGAUAUUCCUUACCAUAGACUCGAUGUGUAGUGUCACUACAUUCCAGUGAUUUAUCUGUAGUUCCAUAGACUAAUUAGCGUUACAAAAUUUUUAUAAUAUUGUCGUUUUAAGACAAUUCUCAAGUACCAGGAUUUGAUAAAAUGGAAUUUGUAAGUUAAUACGGACACACACA